AGUCUGAAUCGUUCCAAAAUCGUCCUUUCGUCGUUACGUCAUGUUGCAUUUUUUUGCAUGCAAAGUGAAAUGUAUGGCUGAAAGCUAGACUAGCUAUGCCUUAUCCUACUGUUAUAGAAGUUAUAUUUCUCUAUAAUGCAACAUGAAAUGGGAUAAGGAGUAUUAGAGACACGGUAGGUAAGCGUCUCGCGCCAAGUUCUGAAUGUACAUGGACGCAGUGUGACGAGUGACGAUAACAGGAGCAUUACAAGACUGUCGGACUGACUGAUUAUUGAGGAUAUCUGCCUUUUGUUAAUUAAAAGAAUAUCAGAUAUAUAUUGAAAAUUCUUUUAAACUUGUUGACGUAACACAUAAUUUUUUGAGUAAAGGACAAAUAUUUGUAAACCAUUAUGCAUUGGGUCAAGAUCUCAUGUAUUUUGUGCUUGUUUGGAUGUUUUAAAGACUUUCGGCCUUCUGAAUCGUUUAUAACCGAUUAUUUGACUGGGUGGAAAAAUUUUACAGCCAGUGAAGUGAAUCACGAGAUCUAUCCUGUGACUACAUAUAGUUACUUAUCAACAUUAAUACUUGUGUUUCUGAUCACAGAUUUUAUUAGAUAUAAACCUAUCAUAAUACUCUGUGGUCUUUCUGGUAGUAUAACUUUUCUUCUAAUAAUACUCGGGAAAAUCGUGCUGAUUUUACAGAUUGCUAAAUUCUUUUUCGGCUUGUUUAUGUCUGCCGAGGUGGCUUAUUAUACUUACAUUUAUGCUAAGGUAGAUAAAAAGCAUUAUCAAGAGGUCACAAGUCACACUAAAGCAGCCUCUUUAUUUGGGCGCAGCAUAUCUGGUGUUGUAGCACAGUUAACAGCUUCCUUUGAUUUGUUAAACUAUCAUCAACUUAAUUAUUUAACUCUUUCAGCCAUUGGCACUGCGACAGUCUGGUCACUCUUUUUGCCUCCUGUGGGUCAGUCAAUUUAUUUCCAUCGCGUUGACGUUUCCAAUAAUGAAGAGAUUUCAUCUACUACUGUACAACCGACGAUCGAUCAAUUACAACAGCUGAGUAAUUCACAAAAAUCGUGCGACAAAAAUAGCAAAAUGAAGCCAAACACAUUGCUUCAUAAGAUAAAGAAUGCGUAUGCGCUGCUGUGGAAACACUUUGUGCUAGCCUACACUAAUUAUCGUGUGAUCAAGUGGUCGGCUUGGUGGGCUUUGUCUACCUGCGGUUAUCUUUUGGUCGCCACUUAUUCGCAAUUGCUUUGGCAAACUGCGGUGAAGCCGGGUGAUAGGAUUUAUAAUGGCGCUGUGGAUUUUGCAUACGCGAUCGUAGGUGCAAUAAGCGUAUUUUCUGUAGGAAAGAUACGGUUCAACUGGGUUCGAUUCGGAGACAUAAUCUGUUCUGUAUUCGCAUUCUUAGAAGGAUCUAUAUUAUUGGCAUCUUCUUACAGUUAUAACAUUUGGCUCUUAUACGCCGGCUAUAUCAUAUUCGGCGUAAUUUACCACACCAUGGUCACUGUCGCAAGCUUUGAAGUUGCUAAAUGUAUAUCUGAGGAUAGUCACGGCUUAAUAUUCGGCGUAAACAUAUUUCUCGCAUUAUUAAUGCAAAGCCUGCUGACGCUUAUAGUCGUCAAUACGAUUAUGUUAGAUAUUAGACAGCAGUUCUACGUUUACGGCGGUUAUUUUAUGGUCUUGGCUGUGAUAUACAUUGUGCUGAGCAUAAUCAAUGUUCUGCGAUAUCGCCGAGACAUGAAUCACAUUCAACGACGAAUGAGAUAACUUUUCAUUCUACAGUAUAUACUAAUAUAAAACAGGUUGAAUAAACUUUUAUUAAAUUCAACAAAAUCCGUUAUGCAAACUAUUUUAAA